UGCUUUGUAGACUCCGCCUGGUGGCUAGUGGACAACAUGGCCUUCAACCACACUGCUGGGACCCAGGGCCAGGGCCUUCCACACUACCUGCCAGAGGAGGACCCCUUUACUUCUAAACUUUCCUGGGAAGCAGAUAUAGUGGCUGGCUUCUACCUCACCAUCAUUGGGAUUCUGUCCACAUUUGGAAAUGGGUAUGUCCUUUAUAUGUCUUCUAGACGAAAGAAGAAGCUGAGACCUGCUGAGAUAAUGACGAUCAAUUUAGCUGUCUGUGAUCUGGGGAUUUCAGUUGUAGGCAAGCCGUUCACCAUCAUCUCUUGUUUCUGUCACCGCUGGGUGUUUGGUUGGAUUGGCUGUCGCUGGUAUGGAUGGGCCGGAUUUUUCUUUGGCUGUGGAAGUCUUAUCACCAUGACUGCUGUGAGCCUAGAUCGGUACCUGAAAAUCUGCUAUCUAUCUUAUGGGGUCUGGCUGAAGAGGAAGCAUGCCUACAUCUGCCUGGCUGUCAUCUGGGCCUACGCUUCCUUCUGGACCACCAUGCCGCUGGUGGGCCUGGGGGACUACGUGCCUGAGCCCUUCGGCACCUCGUGCACCCUGGACUGGUGGCUGGCCCAGGCCUCACUGGCGGGUCAGGUGUUCAUCCUGAACAUCCUCUUCUUCUGCCUCCUGCUCCCCACGUCCGUGAUCGUGUUCUCCUAUGUGAAGAUCAUCGCCAAGGUGAAGUCCUCGUCCAAAGAGGUCGCUCACUUCGACAGCAGGAUUCCCAGCAGCCACGUGCUGGAGAUGAAGCUGACCAAGGUGGCCAUGCUGAUCUGUGCUGGCUUCCUGAUUGCCUGGAUUCCGUACGCAGUGGUGUCCGUGUGGUCGGCCUUCGGGAGGCCAGACUCCAUCCCCAUCCAGCUCUCCGUGGUGCCCACCCUGCUGGCGAAGUCUGCCGCCAUGUACAACCCCAUCAUCUACCAGAUCAUCGAUUACAAAUUCGCCUGCUGCCAAAACCGUCGUUUGAGAGCGACCAAGAAGAAAUCUUUGGAAGACUUCAGGCUGCACACUGUGACCACAGACCGGAAGUCUGCUGUGCUGGAAAUCCAUCAAGAGAGCAGUUCCCGAUUUGCUAGCACCCAUGUUAUGGAUGAGAGUCACGAUAAUGGUGGUGGCUGUGGCGAGAAAUAUGCACCUGUUUUGGGAGGCCGAGAAACCCCCACACCUGUUCACCCGGGCUUCAGAAAUAAGUGGCAAGCUCCAGUGCAUGUGUUGAAACACGCUGACAAAGAACCAGAGCUGACUGAGACCGGAGCAGGAAGUCAUCUCACCUCCGUCCCGCCCAACAAGCCAAAGAGGGCUGGGCUGGCCUGGGAGAGCCAGGCAGUCCUGGGUGAUGACGCUCUGCUCUCUGCAGCAGCCCUGGACGCCCUGGGAAGUGAACGAAUUGUUUUGACCAAGUGGUCCAGCAACUUUGACACACUGCAAAAAUCAGAAGCCUGGGGACAGUGUGUGGCGGCCCAGCGUGUGCCCGUCCCUCUUCUUCUCUUAAGAGAACAAGGCCCGUCAAGAAUGGAUUUGUUACGCACAGAUUCCUCAGACCCCCGGCUGGAGUGUUUGGCCAGCUGUCACAUGUUUCCGCUGUGGGAAGACGUGGCGCACCUUGGUCCAGUCAUACUUCUGACCAUUGACUCGAGCAAUAAUAGACUUGAAAAGCAAUGCAAGAUGGAAUACAAACUCUUCAACAAGAUGCUCUUUGGUUCUGAAGCUGCUUUCUUGCUGUGCAAAUGCAGUUCUUCUGCGGGUAGCAUGCAUGCAGGCUACAUUGCAUUAAAGGCUGUGGAACACAUUCUUGGCCUUUGCUCCCGGUGA